AAACAAAAAGCAGCAAGACCUUUGGACUCACUUAUCAGUGGUUUUCCAGCACGUGGGCAUUGUCUGAGAUCAUUCUAAGAGAUAUACAGUCUGGAUUGUAAAGCUUCGACAUGGUUGUCACAGAUUCAUCUUCCUCCUGCUGUUUUUUCAGAAGAUUCUUCCUCUUGUUGGUGUUGGGUUGCGCUGAUGGCGGCAGGCUGCUGGUGGUCCCGCAGGAUGGUAGCCACUGGCUCAGCAUGCGCUUGUUAGUGGACAGGUUGGCACAAAAGGGUCACCAUAUUGUUUUGGCCAUCCCAGAAGCAAAUUUUCUUUUCAAGGAUAUAGAUAAUUACACUGUGAAAACAUACUCUUCGUCCUACAGCAAAGAUGUUUUGGAAAAUCAUAUGAGGCGUAUGAGCCAAGAAUUAUUUGUAGACAGGAUUCUUACACAGAAGAUUAAGUUCUUGUAUGAAAGUGCAUUAAAUGGUACACAGCUGAUUUUAACUACAUGUAAGGACUUCUUGCAGAACUCAACCCUCAUUAGGGAACUGGAGAAAGAAGGUUUUGAUGCAAUGCUAACUGACUCUGUCUUUCCAUGUGGUGCGAUAGUCGCUGAACACCUUUCCAUCCCUUCUGUGUCCUUUAUGAGGGGGACUAUAUUUGGGAUGGACCAAAUAGCUUCUCUGACUCCUAGUCCUCCCUCCUAUGUACCCAGGAUGUUCACUGUGUAUACAGACAACAUGUCCUUCGGACAGAGGGUGAAUAACUUUCUUAUCCAUUCCCUGGAGCAUAUCGUUUGCCAUAUUUUUUAUUACCCGUAUGCACAGCUGGCUUCAGAUUUUUUGAAAAAAGAAGUUAAUGCUUUGAGUCUUUUCAGCCGUACUUCUAUCUGGCUGAUGAGGUAUGACUUUGUUUUUGAAUUUCCCAGACCUGUAAUGCCAAAUGUGAUUUUUAUUGGAGGAAUCAACUGUGUGAAUAGAAAGCCCUUACCCCAGGAGUUUGAAAAGCUGAUUAAUCGCUCUGAUGAACAUGGAUUUGUGGUGUUUUCCUUUGGAUCAAUGGUGUCUGAAAUGCCUAUGAAUAUAGCAAUGGAUAUAGCAGAAGCUCUGAGAUACAUUCCUCAGCAGGUUUUCUGGAGGUACACAGGGAAAACACCUCCAAAUCUUGGAGAUAACACCCAUCUUGUGAAGUGGCUGCCACAGAAUGAUCUGCUUGCUCAUCCCAAAGCUCGUGCCUUUAUCACUCACGCUGGAUCACAUGGGAUUUAUGAGGGAAUCUGUAAUGCAGUCCCCAUGGUUAUGCUGCCAUUACUUGGGGACCAAAUGGAUAAUGCAAUCCGCAUUGAGUCUCGUGGAGCAGGGUUGACUCUCAGUGUGCUGAACUUGAUCCCUGAAGACCUCAGCAACGCAGUGAUGGCUGUUAUAGAAAAUCCAAGUUACAAGGAGAACAUUCAGCGUUUGUCAUCUCUGCACCUGGACAGACCAAUCAAUCCCCUGGACCUUGCUGUGCACUGGGUGGAGUUUGUUAUGAGACACAAAGGUGCCCCCCACCUGCGUCCGGCCGCUCAUGAUUUGAACUGGAUUCAGUACCACUCCCUGGAUGUUUUUGGCUUCUUACUAACUGUACUGAUCACCACAUUGUUCAUCAGCCUAAAGUGCUGCAUUUGUGUAUGUCGUUGUUGCUGUAAAAGAAAUUCCAAGCAAAAACGUAAAACCAAGUCUGAGUAGGAUUUAUACCAUUAUUAUAUUAUGUUCCUUGACCUGCUGAAACACAGAUUUUAACACAGUGCUGGGAUGUUCAUCAGUGCACUAAUGUGUACCUUUUUAACUAGCACUAUUGAAUACAGUAGUACAAACCAUCCAGUGAAUAACGCAAGAUAGACCAUAACCACGUGUGGUCUUUACUGCAAGGGCAUUAUUUUAUGGUAGUAUUAACAUCUUCUUUUUGAUACUGUUUAUUACUAGCAUUGGUGUGAUAAGGCUAAGGAACAUUUGGUUUUUUUCAGCCUGGUGUAUUUAAUCCAACUGAAAAGCACUCAUUGAUCAUCUUCCACAGAAGAACAGGAAUGAGUACUUUUAUACUGAAAAUGCUAUCGUAACACAUUUUUUCCCCCAUUCAAGAGAAGGGAAUCAAUCUCAUGUACAUUUCAGAUGGCCAAAAUAUCUAGUCCUAAAAAUGUACCCUAGUGACAUUAGCCUUAGAUAACUUUUCAACAUUUCAUCUUUGCAGUUGUGUUUCUGAAUAGAUUUUUUGCCCAGCAUGUUGGUUAAUAAAUUGCAUUUGGUUAAAAAGUUAA